UUUAAUUAAAAAGAACAUGUCAAUCUUUCUAAAACUGUUAAUGACUGCAUGGAUCAUCAUCUUACAUAAAACUCUAUUAUAUUACAGGCAAAGAUCAAGUUGCAGUUGGGAUUGUUCCCCUUGAUGCCAAACAUCGGUCCUCUCAGAGUGCAAAGUCAGUUUAUCCCCUGGCUAUAGCCAACUGUAAGGAAAAGAGGGAAGAUCUCAGGAAGCUGUUCUUAAAUUUAAACAAACAGAAGGACAAGCUUAAAAAGAUGGGGAUUAAAGUGGAUGGCAAACACUAUCGUAUACGCUUUAAAGUUACUCUUGAUUACAAAGGUUUGGUGUUGCUGAUGGCAAAGAUCAAUGAUGAAGAUUUUCAGCUUGGUGGACAAGGCCUUGCUCUAGAAUUCUGCAUUUUCUGCUUGGCAUGGAGAGCAUGUGAUUGUGAUUUAGGGAUGCACGAAGUCUGUCUGGAACACUUCAGUCAAACAAAGGCAAACAUUGGCGGCUUUAAAGGGCUGCGAGAUGACUUAACAUGCCUCCUUGACGAGGAUCUUUCUACCAUGAGUCUUUGUGCUUUGCACUGCGAGAUGCGAAACACUGAGCAGGUGCUGAAAAGUGUUGGAUUGCUGGCCUAUCAGAUUGGCUCACUUCCAGAAUGCAAUGCCAAACUUUCUGAUUACGGUCCAUCCAACUUCAAGGCAGAUAGGAUCACUGUUAAGUUGAGACCUGGACAAGAAACAGCUCCUGGACGAAAUAAUGUGUCUUUUGCCUCCUGUUCAGGUUACUCUAAAAUCAUAAUUUCUACUAUUUUAAUUUGUCUAUUAGGUUACAAAAGAUUUCAAUCUUGCCAAACAGCACUAGAUUUCUUCACCUUUGUGCCAAGCACUUUUAUUUCAACUGUUUUCAAUGUCAAAAACUGAAUCAAA